AUGGGUGAAUCUGCUGUUCUGUUCCAUUCAUAUUCGUUCGCAGCUCCUCUUUCUCGUAAUGAAUCUCAUGAGGACAAUACGGUUCAUGCGCUUAGCCAAUCAGUUUCCUUUGGUAGGUUCAUUGAAGAGAAUCUUGAAUGGGGAAAAUGGUCAAGUUUCUCACACAAGAAGUAUGUGGAUGAAGCAGAGAAAUUCUCUCAGCCUGGAUCUGUUGCUCAGAAGAAAGCUUUCUUCGAAGCUCAUUACAAGAAGAUAGCUGAUGCCAAGAAGGCCAAAGCUUCAGAUGAAUCAUCUGUUCAAAAGCAAGAACAAGAGCAACCAGAAAGUGUUGCUGUGUUGUUAAACACUUUGGAGACAUUGACUAAAGAUGAAGUUAAGGAAGAAGAGAGUAGUUGUGAAGAAGUGUUGGUGUUGAGUAUUGAGAAUGAUGAAGAAGCUGAAAGAACAAGUGUUGUUGUGGCUUUGGAACAAGGAGAUAAAGUUGUGCUUGCAGAUGAUUUACAAGCUGUUCUUGAAGUGGUUGAUGAAGUGGAAGAGAAGAAGAGCUUUUCUGUUGAAGAAAAGGAAGAAGAGGAAAGAUCUGUAACCAAGAACUCAUCGGACAAAGCAAUGGAGAUUGAUUUAUCAGAGAAAAUAAGUGAGAGACCGAUAGCUCAGCCUCAUAGUUUGAUGAAGAAGAAAGAAAAAGCAGUUAGUCAGAGAUUCAGUUUCUUGAAGUUCUUGAUGGGAAGCACUAAAACUCAAGAUCAGAACACAACAAGGAGGAAGAUGGGUAAGAAACAGAACAAGCAGUUUCUAUGUCUUUGCUUCAAUCCAGAGAUGGUGGGAGAAGGAGAAGCACAGAGGAGGAAUGUCUGA